AUGAGGAAAUUCAACCUCACAAGUGAGAGAGAUCUCCGCCGAGAGAACGUCUACAAUCGUCGGGUAUCUGCUCGCAAUAACAUCAUAGAGCAGAGACGACGAAGAUCUAUUGAGAUUGACCAUGAAGAGGAAAGGCCGGAAAGGGUUUAUGCUUCUUCCUCAACUGCUUCCUCUAGUCAAUGUCCUCACAUUGAUGAAGAUGACCUUCAUUCUGAUGAACCUGAGAAAGGAGAUGGAAGAACUGAAGCAAUCAGCGAAGAUGAUAAACUGAAGUUGAAGAAAAAUCUUCAAAGCCUUGUAAACAAAGCGGCCUUGAGAGUGACAGUUCUAUAUUUUCAAAGGUACCACCCUUACAAAAAGGUCCUUUCUCCUGAUCACUUUGUACGACGUCCCCGUGGGAUCUACUUAAAUUCUGUUUAAAAGUUUCACCAAGAGACACCAGGCACGUGAAAGGAAUCACGAAAGAUGGUAUUCGUAAGAGUGUCGACUGUGGAUGGCGCCCUCAGAGGUGAUCAUUGGUGGUGACAUUGUAGAAGUAUUUUAUCUUCAAAGUGAAGCAUUUUGUUUGAUUUAGUGUUUUGAUUUAAAUUAGUGAGUGUAAACCAUAACAAAUUGUAUGUAACAGUUUUACAUUAUCUGGUUAUCAAAAUAUUGUAUUUCGUAUUCAUUGCAUCAUAAGUUAGAAACUUCUUUCACAAUAUUCUAUUAUAUAUAUUCCUGGUACUUUAAGUGCUAUUGGAUAUCAAUAAGAGUUUUAAUAAAAAAUUUAGAUUCAUCAACGAAGUUUUUUAGAACCAAAA